AUGCUUUAUAGUUUAUUUUUCGCGCCAUUUUCGCGUGCGACGUUUCGCGUCAACCGCGUUUUUCUCUCCUUUUCUUAUUUCGAUCAAGCUCCGUUAGCGUGAAUCGUUGGACAAAUUCCAAUUCUAUUCUAGUCAAACGCAAUAUUGGAAUACGCACGUUCAGAUUUCGCAUUCGACAGAUUCAACAUUAAAAAACUCUCAAAAUUCAUCAUUGUUACAGACAUUUGUUAGUGACGGAUAUCUGAUUGGUCCAACGUUUUUCGAGAUAUCAUCGAAAACUAUUCUUGGUUUGUAGCAAUAAUGUUAAUAAGCGAAAAUAAAUAUGUAGAAUUGAGAAAAAUGGGGAGUUAGAAAGAAGUAAAGUAAAAGCGAGAGAAAGAGAGCGAUACCGUAUCUCAUGAAUGGACAUAUUUCUGAGAAAGAAGAUAAAAAUAAAGAACUUAACAGCGACGCAGAAUGGGAUUUGAGAUUGUUCUUGAGGUGGUUGGACGACAAUCGCGCGUACACGAUAAUCGCGGACAUCUGGCGCGCGUGACUUGAGUACGAGAGAGAGAAGAUAGGCUUUAACUGAAAGUAAGGGAGAAAGAAAGAACACGACAAAGAGCAUCGUGCAAAGAGGAACGACGGCGGCGCGCGAGUAUAUACAGAGAAUCAGCUGAUGAGGCACAACACAACACAAGCCAGUCGGUGGACGAGGUGGAAGGCUAAUAGUUUUCUCAUUGCUGUUGUCGUUGGUUAUGGCGACGAGUAGCUCCGACGGCUCCUGCACGGCUCCCGCGGACUUUCAGCUCUCGUCCGAGCUGGAAGAUGCGUCGAGUCGUUUGAGCAUGAAUCUGCUCAAGUGCCCGUUGUGCCAUAACAGCCGUCGGAUUUUUUAUUGCCGUCAAUGUGUCCAAAACGGCGAUUUUAUACACUCGAACACCGUCUACUCGGAACGGUUCGCGGAUAAGCAGAUGCGGCUCGUACGACUGAAAGCUGCUAGAGCUCAAUUGGAGGAAAAGUGUAUCAAGGCUCUUGAGAGACAUAAACAAAGAGAUAAGCUGAUUUGUGAUAUAAAUGUAUGUAAAGAAAGAGUGAGACUACUUCAGUCUUUGGUAAAUGAGACAAAACAGAGCAUCAAUAGAGGUAAUCAACGUUUAAACAUUCUGAAAGAUGUCAACUCUCAGUUGACUCUGCGAGUGCCAAGACAUGAGGACAGAAUAGAGAAACUACAUCGCUAUGUUAAUGGUUUGAAAGUUAAACAGGAAAAACAGAAAGAAGCUGUGGAUAGAAAAAGGGAGCAAUUAAAGAAAGUUAUCAGAACUGCUGCCAAGCAAUUAAUUCAAUACAUUUUUCCAUUAUCUAAGGUUCAGCCAAAUAAAAGUUUGUGCAGCAGUGAUGAUAGUGACAGUACCACUUCGGACAUUGUCACUAGCGCAUUGGCGGAUGCAUCAGGUACAUCAUAUGUGCGUGGCAGAUGGAUAAGUGAGAAAGAGAAUUCUUUAGAAAUUCAUCAUUGUAUAGUUGAACCAACAUUGCCAGCAAUGGGAGAUUAUAGUGCUUAUUCUCUUUGGGUUGCAGCAAAUAAAGAUGGUGUGCCAGGUGCAAACAAAGAAAAUGCGAUGCACAAUCCAGCAUAUAAUAUUAGUGCUGCUUUAACUUAUGCUACACAAUUGGUUAACGUUCUUGCCUAUUAUGUUAAUGUAAGAUUACCGUACAAAGUCACUUGUGGAGAAUUUUGUGGAAAUGAACUGUCGGACCAAAAAUUUGCUAGAAAAGUAGCAAGGCUAAAUAGUAAUGUAUUACAUUUAUGUUUUACACAAAAUACUGAUAUAGAAGUUUUACAUCCCAUGCGUACAUUGCAAAAUCUGAUGCAUUUGCUCAAUACCGAAAUUAGUGAUCUUGGAAGAAUUGGGCCAAUGGAAGUCGAUCCAUCCAUAAUAGCACAACUUCAUAGUCAAUUAAUUCCUGAUUUGGAGAAUAGUGAUGAUUCAGCUUCUGAUGAAGAAGAUUUGUGUUGGGGAUGGGAAGCUGUAAGUCAUACUUCUGUACCAAGUAUCGUUUGUCCUGAAAUGACAGUACCUACUUCUGGUGCGAUGAUUAGUCAGCAAGCUUCUAGUAUGCAAGUGCAUCAGAGUGUCGCCGGUGGUUUGGUGACAAGUGCAGCAGCCAGUAUCGCCUCGAUUUGGCGAGGUUGGACUAAUAAAUAAUUUUUAUCUUUCAAUCAACAAUAAACUAUUUGUAUAUAUGUUCUUAUUAUAUAUUUCGAAUUCGUCAAAUCAAAGAGAGAAUAGAAAUUCUGAGGAAAUGCUUCAAAACAGAUAUGAUGUAAAGCGGUAUUUAUAUAAUAAUAUUUAUAUAUCGUGGGAAAGAGAGAGCAGCUAUAAUACAAAAGCAGAAUGUAUAUAUUAUAUAUGACUUUUCCUGACUUACACGUGACAUUUAAAGUAGUUCAAAUAUAUGCUGUGACAGAUUUUGUUAGAUCUGAGAUAUCUAACUUAAUUCAAAACUAAAGUAAAUAGAAGAGGAAUAGUAAAUAUAUAUGACUGUUUAAUAUAAAUUUAUGAACAUUUUAUAUUUCAAUGCACCACAGAUAAUAGUUUAGAUUGUGAUAUAUUAAAGUGGAUGUUUAUGGUAAAUAUAAAGCAGGAUGUAUAUUAAUUAGCACAGAUGUGUGUAUAUGUGUGGUGUGUGUAUAUAUAUGUAUGUGUGUGUGUGUGUGUGUGUGUGUGUGUGUGUGUGUGUGUGUGUGUGUGUGUGUGUGUGUGUGUGUGUGUGUAUAUAUGUACUCUUAUAGAAUUUAUUAUGGUAGAAUAUAUGAGAGUAUGCAAUGACUGCCUUUUCUAUGCUCAUUACAUUUGAUGUGAUUAUAUAUCCUAUGCUCAUUACAUUUGAUGUGAUUAUCCAUAUGAAAGAGAUAUAUUUCCCUGUAUUAAAAAUAUGUUAUUAAUAUAAUAUUUUUUAUAUUUCGGAGAACCCAUUUUUAAUGUAGCCGAUAUUGGCAUCUGGUUGUAUAACAAAUAAUAAUUUUUGAGCAUUUUGUGAGAUUGUGUUCAAUAUUUUGCAGUUUUUAGCAACAAAGAGCUUCAAUUGCAAUAACAUAAUAUAUUCGUUAUUAAAUAAUAUGGAAUUAAAAUUAAUAUAUUUAUUUGAUAUACAUCAAAUGUGAAUGCUAGAAUAUUUUGGUAUUACUGUGUAUGAAUAACACAUCCAUUAUAUUACUUAUGGGUGACUAUUGUGUAACAUUGUUUAUAUUUUCUACCAUAUAACAUAAAAAUAAGAUUUGUUAAACAUUUCAUACUUAAUAAUAUAAGAGACAAGUAUUAUAAAGCAUACAUAACAUUAAUUGGACUCGAUUACAUUAAGUAUAUUAAAAUGAGAGCAUAGUGUGUAAAUAGUAUUGUGGUCAUUGUGGAAUAUAUGAUUAUCUACUAGACAUUCUAGCACAAUUCUACAAAAUAGGUAAUUAAAAUAAUACUAAGUUAAUUUAACCCAAUCAGUCUAAAUUUUAUUUUAUUUUUGUACAGCGUAUUGAAUUAAGCUUCACAUUUUUAGAUAAGAAAAUAGUAACUUGUAUCGGGCCAUUUAAUAUUGCAGAAAAGGCCAAGAUGAAGAUAGUUAAUUUAUUGACAAUUGAAAUUUCUUAACACAAACAUAGACAUAAUCUAUUUCAUAAUUAUGAUAAAAAUGCUUUUUAUGCAGCAUUUGUACUAUCAAACAUUGAAAUUUCUUAUAAGUUAUUUUUUAGAUACUAUAAGAAUGAAAAUAUAUGAAAAAAGAAGGCGUUGAGGAUAGAUAAAUAGACAUUCAUUAUAUUAUUACAUAAUUUUCUUAUACUUAUAUCCAAUUUUCUAAAUAAUGUUAUAGAAUUUUACAACACAUAUGACAGAUAGGAAAGGCAUUUUACAAAUUACAUAAUAUAUGAAAAUGUUGACAAACAUGAAUUUACCUACAUAUGUAAUUUAGCAAACAAUUGUAUAUCUAAUUUAAUGAUGUGUAUAAAAAUAAUG